AUGUUGUUGCGAAAAAAACAUCUUCCAAGCUCAAAUUCUCUAUUGAUUCCGGUGUUUCUAAUUCAGGGGUUAAGGAAAAGAAGAAGUCAGAAUCAAAGUCUCAAGCUAAGAGCUCAAACAGUUGAAGAGCUUUCCACCAUAACAAAGCCUAUAACGAAGGUUAUUGAAGGAGAUAAGGAUAGCAAAGAGACGGAUGAAGAUGAUAGUGAAACUGAUGAUCUUACAUUUAAUGAUUCACCAAGAAAGGAUGCCACUGUCGAAUCAAAUACUGAGGAUACAAGCAACCUAGAUGUCAUUGUACACACAUCUGAUGUGGAUACAAACAUCACAACCAGUGCAAAUGAAUCGAAAAAUACUAUUCCACCUAAAGGUUCUAUUUCCAAGUUCAAUACAGAGGAAUAUAGGUCGUCGAACAUCACUGAUAACUUAUUUGAUAAGGAAUCAAAUGUUAAUAUAGGUGAGAAUCCUUUGACGUGUGUUCUAAUUUCAUCAAGUACUUAA